AUGAACGCUAACGACAAUGAUAAUAAUCCGGUUAAUGCUAGUCGUAGCUGCAGCCGCUGUGGCAGCAUAAAUAGUACAAAAAGUGCCAUCGUCGUACCAUCGAAUCAAUUAACGAAUGAAGAAGAAUUCGAAAGUGCGACCAAGGUAUCGACACCAUCGUUACGUUAUAAACGUUGCACAAGUAAUUUGAGCGAUGAAGAGGAUCGACCGCAUUUUUGUAAUAGUCGUGAAACAUUGUCAAGAAGAUCAAGCGUUAGUCAUUUGACUCAUGAUGCAAUGAGCAGUUUUGGUUCGUAUACUUCGCUCAGUUUCCGUUCAACUGGAAAUGGCGAAGGUGUACAUAGAAGUAAUCGACACUCGCCUCAUAAACAUUCGCACAGCCAUUAUCAUCAUCGACACCACAAUCACAAUCAUCACUAUCAUGGGCAAAACUCAACACGUAAACAUCAAGUUUACUAUCAAACACAUCACGCUCUAUGCAAACGUGCUUUUUCCGGUGAAUCGCAUGGCGGUAAGUUGCAUAAAAACUGA